AUGGCUCCGCGCGAGGAGCUGAUUGCGUCUGCUGUGACCUUUUUACAGGAUCCCUCCGUAGCAUCAUCGCCUAUUGAGAAAAGGGUCGCAUUCCUUCAAUCCAAGAAUCUUACGCAAGAGGAGGUCGAUCUUGCUCUAUCUCGGGCCGGCGAAGACCCAUCCGCUGCGGCCGCGGCUACUGGUGCUGUGUCACCCUCGCAAGGGUAUUCUUCACAACAGGUCGCUUAUCGACCACCACCACAAGCACCCCAAGGAUAUGGUUAUCCUCCAUAUGGCCAAUGGCAACCUCCUCCAGAGCCGCCUAAGCGAGACUGGAGGGAUUGGUUCAUUAUGGCGACAGUGAUGGGUGGAGUUGGAUAUGGAUUGUAUUUCGUGGGCAAGCGUUACAUCGCUCCGUUGAUUGCUCCCCCCACCCCUCCACAGCUGGAGCAAGAUAAGGAAAAUAUCGACGAACAGUUUUCGCGCGCAUUUGGAUUGAUUGAUCAACUUUCCACGGAUACCGCAGCCCUGAAGGCCGCGGAGGAUGCCCGUACCGAGCGCCUGGAUGCGGCCCUCAAAGACGUUGAGAACCUCGUUUCGGAUCUGAAGACCUCUUCGCGCCGGAGAGAUGAUGAAACUCGUCGCAUCAACGAUGAAGUUAAGUCUUUGAAGGAUGCGAUCCCCAAGGCUCUUGAAGGUGCACGAGAGGGCAACGAGAACCGGUUGAAGGAGCUUGGAGCUGAACUGAAGAGCUUGAAGGUCUUGCUGGGUAACCGAUUGGGUGGCAGCGGUGCUGCGCCCGCUGCUGGCCGGACUGUCGGUAGCCCUAACCCGACCCCCGUUCCGACCCCCGUUCCGACUCCCGUUGCGACCCCGGCGCCAGCUGCCGUGCCUCGAUCGACAUCCGAGGACGCGCCGGCGGCUUCUUCUGCUCCGAAUGGCCUGCAGCCCACCGUGACUCCGGCCGAACAAGAACCUGCUACUGUCUCUGCUGCCCCAGCUGCUGCAGCUCCGGCGCCGCAGAGCUCGGAUAGUCCUCUGGCGAAGCUUGGCCGAUCCGCCUCCAUCCCAGCUUGGCAAAUGGCUGCGUCCAACCGCUCUAAGAGCUCGUCUCAGUCCAGCCCGGCCCCCGCUGCCAAUGACAAGCCGGCCAGCUCUGAGAAUGAGCAGAGCGCUCCUCCUAGCUAA